CUGGAAAUUACUUCGCUCAAACAAGACACCAGUUUCUUUCUCAGUUCAAUCGUGUCUGUAACGAGUUCACAAUUCCGAAGUGAAAAAGUUGUAUAAAAGGCAAAAGGGAAGAACCCAUUUGGUUUUGGGAUCUGGGACUUUCAUGAAAGAGAUGAAUUUGUUGUGAAAAUCAUAAUCACAACUCCAAAGAAGAAAAAAGGGAAAAAAAUGCAGAAGUUAGUGGUUCAUAAUAACAAACCAAUUAUUAUAUCAUCAAGAAGGAAGCUUCCUUUGUUAGCUGUUGUAGACUCUUUACCUUGUUGUGCCACUCUCUCUAGAAACACCAUUUGUUCCUCUUCCUCAUUAAGGUGUAGAGACAUUUCGAGAUCCUAUUGUGGCACGGUUCGUGUUCAAGCAUCUAAUGUUAGCAUUGGAUCUGGGGGCUAUGAUGGAAGAGAGGAGAAUGAAGGCAAGAAAAUCUUUACCGCUGGCUCACCAAAAGACAGUUCACCUGACAGUCAGAAGCCAUUAAUCCAAAUUCCUUAUCCUCUUGCUAUUGCUCUUGUGCUAUUCGGGUGUGCCUCGGUAUUUUCACUCAUUGCCUUCGCGAAAGGACCCUCAACACUUUUAGAAGCAUUUGCAAAAUCAGGAUUCACAGCUGCAUUCUCAUUGAUAUUUGUUUCUGAAAUUGGAGAUAAGACAUUCUUCAUUGCUGCACUCUUGGCCAUGCAAUACAAGAAAGGGCUGGUCUUGUUAGGUUCAAUGGGUGCUCUUUCACUUAUGACAGUCCUUUCAGUUGUCAUUGGGCGGAUAUUUCAUUCAGUACCUGCUCAGUUUCAAACAACUUUGCCAAUUGGAGAGUAUGCAGCCGUAACUCUUCUAUUGUUCUUCGGCCUCAAAGCGAUAAAAGAUGCAUGGGACCUUCCAUCAAAUGUUGAUAAGACUGGUGAUAAUAGUAGUCCCGAACUCGAUGAAUUUGUUGUAGCUGAGGAGCUUGUGAAGGAAAAGGUGUCUAAACGCCUCUCGAAUCCACUUGAAGUUGUCUGGAAGUCGUUCAGCCUCGUAUUUUUUGCUGAAUGGGGAGAUCGGUCAAUGCUGGCCACAAUUGCUCUUGGUGCUGCACAGUCUCCAUGGGGUGUGGCCAGCGGGGCCAUAGCCGGCCACUUACUUGCGACGCUCAUUGCGAUCAUAGGAGGUGCAUUUCUCGCCAAUUACAUAUCUGAAAAACUGGUUGGCUAUUUGGGAGGUGUACUGUUUCUAAUUUUUGCCGUAGCCACAUUUUUUGGAGUUUUGUAGAAGAAUUUAUGAAUCCCUGAGGUCCCAGUCCGAAGAUGUUGGAGCAUGGAUCACAAGAGACUCUACAAUCUACAUUAAGUAAUGAAGUAAAAAGUGAGACAUUGUUCUGCUACUGGAGCUCUUUUUGUAGGAAGAAAUACACAUUCUUGCAUCAGAUACGGCUCAACGAAAAAUUGUCUCUUGUAUUAGGAGCUUCUUAGAAACAACAAAAUAAGGCUGUUUGUUUUUCCUAUUUAUAAAAAAAAAAAAAAAAGUAGUAAGGCUUUGCGCUAUUCAAUUUGUGGUUGUUUCUAAACUAGAUAAAUAAAAUAUAUUUUCAAAAAAUUUUAGCCUAUUGACUCCUUUCUUUAAAACUCUUUAACUAUUUCUACUGGUAAGAAAAAUAAAUAAAUAAAUAAAUGAAAA